AUGGCCGACAUCGAGGUGGCCGUCAACGUGCGGUCCGAGCGGGGCCCGACCAAGAAGCGGAGACGGGUUGUCAUCUCGUGCACCGAGUGUCAUCGACGGAAGCAAAAGUGCGAUCGCGAGCUGCCGUGCGGGAACUGCAGGUCUAGGAACAAGGAAGCCCACUGCGCCUACGAGGCCGGAGCGCCCACCGCCCGCGACCAGGAGACGCAGGCUGGCCUCUACACGUCCAAGCACGGCGAUAGCGUCCCGCCAACUUCGAGAGCCGAGCCGCUGUCGUCCAUGGCCACGUCUUGGGGAUACGCCCAGGCGGGGGCGUCCACGCUCUGCUUUCUGCAGAAGAUUGAGAGGGCCAGCGAGGCGGAUGGGGAGGAUGCGCUGUCCAGCACCUCGGGCCACGCCGCAUACCAAGAUACCUUUGCCGUCAAGGAGAAAUACAAGGGGCUGAUCCGACUGCUGCCCGCCAGGAUGUACAUUGACCAGCUGGCGGACAUCUUUUUCAGGGACUUCAACUGGCAGUAUUACCUCGUCGAGCCCCAGAUCUUCUACGAGCUGCUUGACCAAUGGUCCAACUUGCCCUUCAAGGUCCUCUCUUCACGCGGCCCGGAGGCCUUGUCGCCGGAUCUGAGAGUCUUUCCAGCACUGCUGUUUGAGGUCAUUGCAACGGCAAUGCUGGUUCUUCCAAAGCCUCUCCAUGAGUCUUUUGAGUCGCUCAAAUACGCCGCCAACAUGACGUUUGAGGAUCUGGCAGCCGACUACAGCGAGUCUGGGAUUGCCAUCAUCAACCUCUUUGGCCCCAAGAUGCUUUCUUCUACAUCAAUCCAAGUUGGAUUCAUGCGAGCGGCCUUCCUCAAGUAUACCGCCAACGUUACUGAAUCGUGGCACCAAAUCGGUAGAACGAUAAGGGACGCACAAGAGCUUGGCAUGCAUCGAGAUGCACUCGAUCCCAAGCCGACGUCCAACGAUGUAGAGAGCGUCUUGUUAAAUCAGUGGCAGGUGGAGAAGAGGAGGCAUCUUUACAUGCUGUUGGCAACAUGGGACAUUCACAUGUGUCUCAUCUUGGGCCGCCCGGGCUCUCUAGAUUACAGGCAUGGAAUGCCAUCAAUUCCCAUUGAUGCACGCUUUACGACUGCAUCGGAUCGAUCCAAGACGCCAGUCAUCCCCAGAGAGGAAGGCAUAGAUCCCCCUACACCACUGACGAGAAACCUGUUCUUGUACAAGGUCAUGAUCCCACUGCGGGAUGUUCUGGACUUGGAGGCGGAAGGGCCGUGCCCCAGAGACUUUUCAAAGGUCCACAAGGUACAGCAGAACAUCAUGGAGAUACACGAUGGCACGCCGGCCGUCUUUCGGAUAGAGAACCCCGACAGGCAGUGGGACCACAGGCCUGAUCUGCAUUGGCUUCAGCAAGCAAGGUGCCUGGCUGAACAGAUGUUCCACUUCACACUGGUCGCGCUUCAUCGGCCCUACAUCUUCCAUCGGGAAGAGAGUCGGGUUGAAGUCAUCAAGGGCAGUCUCGGCAUGCUUGAGAUGCAGAGGCAGCUGUUUGCAGGGCUGCCACCAAAAUCCUGGAGGAAUUUCGACGCCGUCACACUGAUUGCAACCAUCUACAUAUUGUUCCCUUACGAGAAUGCCGAGUAUCGAGAAAUUGCGCUGCAGCAUUGCCACUGGACGGUCGAGCGGUUUGCAACCAUGAAGGACAUGAAUCCCCUGGCCAAGUCGGCGAUUGGAGUUCUCCGCGCAGUCGUGGCUAGACUGGUCAAAGCCAUUGGGAAUUGCGCACCCCCAUCUUCUAUCGGCGCUUCUGCUGAUACUAUACGCAACGCCUCUGACACGCCUCUGUCGACCACGAGGACCAUGGGGUCGACGCCGGCAAGUUCGAUUGGUAGGGGUUCGAUCGGCCGGAGCUCAGUCGAAGGAAGUUUCAAGAUAUCCUCUGAGCCGGUGUCGUCGGCGGUGGCGGCCCCGUCUGCCGCGGAGGAUGAGUCGUCCGCUUUCUCGUCAAUGAUGCCUGGCGGAUGGGAGAUGCCACAAGACGGGAAUGGCUUCCCCGGCAUUGCGCCCUUCUUCGCGAUGGGAGAUCUCAUAUACAAAGAUCUGACGGUAGACCAGGACGAAGAUGUCGCUCUAAAGACCGACACGGAGAUGCUUGGAGAGGAUUCAUUCUUGUGGCAAUUCGAGGGAGGCUUUGGGCAAGAUACAGUGUGGCAGCUCUUCAACCAGCAUCAGCCAGGUAGCAACGAAACUGGCUGA